AUGCACAAACGUGACCUUGUUGCUGGUCUUCCCAGGGUGCUCCCUCCCCUUCCCGACUCCCCUGCUCCUGACUGCAUUCCCUGUGUCGAGGGGCGGCAGCGCGCCGCUCCUCACUCCUCCUCCUUUCCCCCGACGACUGCUCCCUUGCAGACGCUCCACAUGGACGUGUGGGGCCCAGCCCGCGUCCGUGGUCAGGGUCAGGAGAGGUACUUCCUGAUAGUUGUUGACGACUACUCGCGCUACACCACGGUCUUCCCCUUGCGCGCCAAGGGUGACGUCCCUGGUGUUUUGAUCCCCUGGAUCAGCCGAGCCCGUCUCCAGCUAGGCAAGCGCUUUCACUCGGACUUUCCUGUCCUGCGCUUGCACUCUGACAGAGGUGGUGAGUUCGCCUCCGACCUCUUGGCAGCCUACUGUGCUGAGCACGGCAUUGAGCAGUCGUUCACGCUUCCGGCCUCUCCACAGCAGAAUGGGGUCGCUGAGCGCCGCAUUGGCUUGGUCAUGGAGGUCGCUCGUACCUCCCUGACCCAUGCGGCUGCUCCCCACUUUCUGUGGCCGUUUGCGGUCCGGUACGCAGCGCAUCAGCUCAACCUCUGGCCCCGUGUCUCCUUGCCGGAGACUUCCCCGACUCUACGGUGGACGGGAGAGGUUGGCGAUGCGUCGCGUUUCCGGGUCUGGGGAUCUCGAGCUUUUGUCCGCGACACGUCCGCGGACAAGCUCUCGCGUCGCGCUGUUCCCUGUGUCUUUCUUGGCUUUGUUCCCGACGCGCCUGGAUGGCAGUUUUACCACGUCACCUCGCGCCGGGUUCUGGCCUCUCAGGACGUCACUUUUGACGAGUCCGUCCCCUUCUACCGCCUCUUCCCCUACCGCACUGCCCCGCUCCCCCCCCGCCUCUCUUCCUCGCUCCAGGUAGACCCAGGUGAGCCUGUCGAGGUAGCUGUCGACUCUCGUCCUGCGUCUGGGGGUGCUGAGCCUGGGAGUGCUGCGUCUGAGGGUGCGGAGCCUGGGGGUGCUGAGCCUGGAGGUGCGGAGCCUGGGGGUGCUGAGCCUGGAGGUGCGGAGCCUGGAGGUGCGGAGCCUGGAGGUACUGAGCCUGGGGGUGCUGAGUCUGGGGGUGCUGAGUCUGGGGGUGCUGAGUCUGGGGGUGCUGAGCCUGAGCGUGCUCCACCUGGAGGAGCCCCCUCCUCCCAGCAGCUGCAGGAGAGGUACCUCGAGUACUGCCGCCUCCGGAGAGGUGCUUCUGGAGCUCGUCCCGGUACUUCCCCUCCUACCCAGGAGCUCCCCCCCAUUCAGGUGAUCCGCGAGUGGUACACGCGGCGCUGCAGUCUUCGUAGUGGUGCUCCUGGUGCUGCGGACCCGAGCGGUGGUGCUGUUGCUGGUGCUGAGGACCCGGACGCUGGAGCUGCUGCUGGUGCUGAGGACCCAGGCGUUGGAGCUGCUGCUGGUGCUGAGGACCCGACCGGUGGCGCUGCUGCUGGUGCUGAGGACCUGACCGGUGGCCCUGCGCCUGGUGCUGAGGACCCGGGCGUUGGAGCUGCUGCUGGUGCUGAGGACCCGACCGGUGGCGCUGCUGCUGGUGCUGAGGACCCAGGCGUUGGAGCUGCUGCUGGUGCUGAGGACUCGGGCGUUGGGGCUGCCACUGGUGUCCCUGCUGCUUCUGGAGACGCUGCGCGGCCGCGACCGUACUUCGUACCGCUCCUUCAGCAGGUUCUUGGUCAGGCUCCUCCUCCUAGUCCUCCUCCCUCAGUCGAGUGUCCUCUGCCUGUCCAGCCGCAGUCACAGUUACCGCCUGCCUCGCCUCUCCCUGCUCCCUCUCCUUACGCUGGUCCCACAGGAGGUCUUACAGAGCGUCGUGAGCCUGAGUCUCGUCCUGCGUCGCCUGUUCGUACUGCUCGCACUGGUCGUCGUGUCCCACGUGAGCGUCCUCCUCCUGUCCCUGGCACUCACUACAUGACUCUGCGUCCCUCCACUGCUCCGCAGCGUGUCCCGCUGCCGUCUCCUCCUGCGUCCUCUCUUCCUACUCUUCCUGACCCGGAGUCUGACUCCCGUCGUGCUGCCAGUCCCACUGUUACGCGUCUCCUCGCUACAGUUGUCACUGACCCGACCUUUGAGUCCUCUGCUGCGUCUGCUCUGGUCGCUGAGUUGGUUGACUUUGCUGCUCGCUGUCGCCUAGACUACGCUGCCAGCCUUGUCGCUGAGUCUGAGUCUGCGUCUGCCUGUCCUCCGUCCGUCGGGGGUGAGUGUGCUCUCGGCACGGACGUCCUUGAGGACAGACAGGAGGAGUUCCACUGCCUUGCUGCUGCUUUGCCCCGUCUCGUGUCCUUGCUAGUUGCCCCUGAGGGAGACCCGGAUGCACCAGACAUCCCGACCCCACGCUCUUACGCUGAGGCGAUGGCGGGUCCCUACUCCUCUCAGUGGCAGUCAGCCAUGGACGCAGAGAUGGCUUCCUGGAAGUCCACAGGCACCUACGUAGACGAGGUUCCCCCUCCUGGGGCGAACAUCGUCAGUGGCAUGUGGAUUUUCAGGGUGAAGCGGCCGCCGGGUUCUCCGCCUGUCUUCAAGGCGCGCUACGUGGCUCGAGGCUUCAGUCAGCGAGAGGGAGUUGACUUCUUUCAGACCUUCUCCCCCACCCCGAAGAUGACUACUCUUCGGGUGCUACUGCACAUAGCCGCUCACCGCGACUACGAGCUUCACUCUCUUGACUUCAGCACUGCUUUCUUGCAGGGCAGCCUGCACGAGGAGAUCUGGCUGCGCCGCCCCCCUGGCUUCACUGGGUCAGUUCCUCCUGGCACCCAGUGGAGGCUUCAGCGGCCGGUCUACGGUCUCCGCCAGGCGCCACGUGAGUGGCACGACACACUGAGGACGACACUUGCGGCUCUUGGGUUCGCUCCCUCUACUGCUGACCCGUCGCUGUUUCUACGCACCGACACCUCGCUGCCGCCGUUCUACAUCCUCGUGUACGUCGACGACUUGGUCUUUGCCACUGCUGACACCGCGGCACUCGCCCACGUGAAGUCGGAGCUGCAGAGGAGACACACGUGCACAGACCUGGGUGAGCUGACGAGCUAUCUUGGCUUGCGGAUCACCCGGGACAGAGCACGGCGCACCAUCACCCUGACUCAGUCACACAUGGUGCAGCAGGUUCUCCAGCGCUUCCGCUUCACGUACUCCUCGCCUCAGUCCACUCCUCUGCCUACCGGUCACUCGCUCUCAGCUCUGCCUUCGGAUGAGUCCGUAGAGCCGAGUGGCCCGUAUCCAGAGCUUGUGGGCUGCCUCAUGUACCUGAUGACCUGCACUCGACCUGACCUUGCAUACCCUCUUAGCAUCCUAGCACGCUAUGUCGCUCCUGGCCGUCACCGGAAGGAGCACAUGGAUGCUGCUAAGAGGGUGUUGCGCUACUUGUGCAGUACGUCGGGCAUGGGGCUUGUGCUUGGAGGGCGAGACCGGGUUGUUCUCACAGGGCACUCAGACGCUUCUUGGGCAGACGACCAGGCUACUCAGCGGUCGUCCCAGGGUUACACCUUCAGCCUUGGCUCUGGCUCAGUCUCUUGGCGUUCUACUCGCUCUUCUUCUGUUCUCAGCUCCAGUUGUGAGGCUGAGAUCUACGCCACAGCCAUGGCUGCUCAGGAGCUACGCUGGCUGACCUACCUGCUGACCGACCUCGGAGAGCGGCCUCGUUCUCCUCCAGUGCUGUACGUCGACAACAAGGCUGCCAUUGCCUUGUGUGAGGAGCACAGACUGGAGCACAGAACGAAGCACAUCGCUCUGCGGUACUUCCUUGCUCGAGAGCUUUGUCUGCGUUACGUGGCCACGGAGGCCAACACUGCUGAUGUGUUCACCAAGGCGCUUCAGCCUUGUGACCAUCAGCGCUUUUGCACUCUGCUAGGCCUUGUACCUACUGGGCCUCACUUGCUUACCUCUUGA